AUGGCUCCUCCUACCGCUACAGCUCUCGUGACCAGGGGUGGCAAGCUGUCCAAAGAGACCAUUCCUGUGCCGACUCCGGGCGAACACCAGGUACUGGUGAAGAUUUCCCAUGUAGCUCAGAAUCCAACGGAUAUUCAAUCCCUCGACUCUCAUGCCUUUGGCGACGAUGCGGUGCUUGGGUGUGAUUUUGUUGGUACUGUCGAGCUGACGGGUGAAAAAACCGUCGUUCGAGCAGGUGAGAUUAAGGGCUUGGGUGGCUACAGCGAGUACACCCUCGCAGAUGAGCGUAUUUGCUUCCCUUUGCCCGAAGGCGUCACGCCCGAACAGGCCGCAACAGUUCCCCUCGCCGCAUGCACAGCACUGCUCGCUCUGUUCUCCAAGGAUUGCCUUAACAUCCCUCAGAAGUCUGGAGAGACCGUCCUUAUUUGGGGUGGAAGCUCAAGCGUCGGGCUUUAUGCAAUCCAGAUUGCCAAGUACUACGGCCUCAACGUUCUUACGACCUGCAGUCCGCGGCAUCACGAUUUCGUCAAGUCCCUUGGUGCCACUGUCGCUCUCGACUACCGCGACGCCAGAGUGGUGGAGAGCAUCAAGGCUGCUGCGAACGCUGGUCUGAGGUACGUCUUCGACACGAUCGGCAACGACUCGUCUUCCAGUACCGCAUCGCAGGCAAUCUCCGAACAAGGCGGUAGUCUGUGCACUGUUCGUCCGGGCAAGGCUUUCACCGAGAAUGUGACCAAGCAGACUAAGGUGACGGAUGUUCUCGUCUGGACGGCGUUCCUAAAGGAGCAUAAAUACGGGGAUUUCUACUGGCCCCCACAUAAGGAAGAUCACGAGCUAUCGGCAGGAUUUUUCGAUGCACUGCCGAAGUUGCUCUCCGCGGGAGCCAUCAAGCCGAAUACCCCGAAGGUUUUCGAGGGACUCGAGUCUGUGGGAAAGGGAUUCCAAGAGUACCGUGACGGGGUUAUCUCCAACUAUAAGAUAGUAUACAAGGUCUAA